AUGGAAAAUUGUAUACCUAAGCAUUUCACUCUUUCUGGAAUGUCAGGAUAUUCGCUAACCCGCAGAGAACCAUUUAGGACUAUUAGAACUUACAUACAAAAUAAAACUAAUUUCUUAAAAACGGUGAAGGACAAAAAUUUAUUUAGAAAUGAAUGCAAACUAUUAGCUGAUUAUGUAAUUGGAAAAAUGUCUCCUCCGAAGUCUAUAUCUCCUACUAUGUGGGAAGCGUUAUUGAAGUUUUAUCUAAAUCAUUACUUUAAAAAUUUAACUAAAUAUGGUGGAUGUCCUAUGAUCUUAAAAAAAGAACAUAAAGAACUUUUAGAAUUAAAAUAUAAAGAAGAGGAUUUCUGUAAAAAAAGAAGUAUAGAUUUGAAUGUAAUAGAAACAAUAAAAAAAAAAAACUCAGGUAAAUGUGAAAAUACAUGUUUAGACAAAUGCAAAACAUAUAAUGCAUGGAUUAAAGAGAUGCAGAAGCAAUUUGAAGAAAAGAAAAACCUCUUCGAAAGAUGUUACAAAGUGGAACCAGCAAAAAAGACCAAAAAACUAACUAAAGAAUCGACAUGUGAUAUAAUGAAUCAAGAAACUUUUAAAGAACUUUCUGAAUGUAUAACCCCGAAUUCAGCAGAAAGUACUGAAGGUUUACUUGAAACAGAAAAAAAAGGUUUAGAAACUCAAAUUCAAAAUACAGCUCAAAUUAUACCCAAAUCUCACGUACAACAAGAAAUAGAUGUGCCAAUUUCACCCGAAGCUCAAACUGAACUUGAACUACAAAAUCCACCACAACCUCCACCAAAACUUAUUAAAAGUGAAGCUUCAGAAAUUCAUCAUUCAACUAAUGAAACUAAGGAUUCACAAUCUUUAGCAGAUGCAUCAUUAGAAGAAGCUAAUAGUUCUGAAGAUGUACAUGUAGUAUCAGAAGAUACUACUGCAUUACCCUCUCCACCUUUUCAAGACAUACAAUUAUCUCCUGGUCGUGAAAUUACCAAGCCAAUUCAUAAAUCAUCGACAUAUACCUUAGCACAUAGUCCUCCUCAAAUACCCCAUACUCCAGAACACACAAUAUAUGAUGAUGAAGAAAUUAUAAAAAAAAUAAAAAUAAAUGAACUUACAACAAAUGUAAAUUUAUCAAAGCGAACAAGAGACAGAACCAAAACCAUAGUAGAAGUACAUAUGGAAGUACUCGAAGAAUUUAGAAAUAAAGAAUGGGAAAACAACAAAGACGAAUUCUUAGAAAUAUGCAUAGAUGAGUUCAAAAAAGAGGAUAAUAUAACCUAUCCUAAUUUAAUUGAUGAUGAUCUAAUAACAGAAAAUAUUAAAAGUAGUAAUGAUAUUAAACAACAAAAUAUUCUACGUAAUAAAUGGAUUGAAAGUAACAGAAAUAUUUCUGAAAAAUUGAAAAAAGCAAACUGGUUUAUUAAUUUAAAAAAUGAAUGGAAAAAAGAACUAUAUUAUAUACAAGAAAUGGAAGAAUUAAAAAUGAAAUAUAAUAAUGAAAAGCACAAUGUUCUAUUUUUACAAAGAGAAAAAGAUAUAUGGAAACAAUGGAUAUCAAAAAAGGCUAUUAUUAUAGAACAGUAUUUGGAACAGGAAUGCUUCAAUGAAUUCUCAGAGGAUUUUCACAAUAUAUCAGAUCAAUAUCUAAAUGAAAAUACUAAAAACUAUAUAUCAUUAAUGAAUAUAGAAGAAUUCCAAAAAAAAGAAAAUUAUGUGGAAUUAUAUAAAUAUGUAAAAAAAAAAUUAAUAACAAGGCUAUGUAUUCUAGUUCUUAUGACGAUAUUAGAAGAAUGUAAAAAGGAGGUGAACUUUGAAAAUAGGGAAUCAUAUUUGGAUAAUUCCAUAAAUGAAUCAAAGAAAGGAGUAUAUUCAUAUAAAAAACCAGUAAUUACAGAAAAUAUAAUUAAAUAUAAUAGUAAUGAUUUAGAAUAUAUAAAAAAUAAAGAAAUCCAUGCUCAUAUAGGGAAUAAUACUUUCAGGAAUGAGAUAGAAAACUGGGUAAAAUAA